CUACUCUAUAGAAACCAGAGAGUAUCGCUUUGUGGACCGCAAAAAACGGACAGCUCCCUCAUGCUCUAUCUGAAGUGAUAACAUGAUGGAUAAUCUGAGUUUUCCGAGGUUUGUAAUUGUCGACGUUCUUCUUGUUGAUGCGAUGUUUGGCAUUGAAAUAUAUAGGCAGAAGCUUCAACAAGCAAUUUCAGACGGAAAACUUAGUGAUGAAGGUGUGAAUUUCUUGGAGCGGUUACAGAUAAUGCUUUGCAUUCCCAAGCGAACCGUUGAAACAGUGCAUGCUGAAAUCUGCGGCGUUUUAUUUGAAAAUGUGGUGAAGGAAGCAAUUGCAGGAGGAGUGGAAUUGUCUGAUUCUGAAGUGAAGAAAUCUGUUAGAAAGGCAGCUUAUGGCUUACACUUAACUAAAGAGGCUGCGUUAACAAUUGCUAGUAAAGAAGUCCGGAAAAUGUUGAUAAAGUAUGUUCAGCAGGCCCAAGCAGCUGAAAACCGCACUGAAUCUGCAAAAAUAUUGAAAGAGUUGAUAUCAUUCAAUAGCUUGAUUGUCACUCGAUUGGUUCAAGAUAUUAAGGGGGAAGAAGAAUCAUCAUCAAAAUCUACACAUGAGAAGCAUCCGAUGAACGAUGAGGAUGAAGAGAAGCUACAACAUGAGGAAGAGGAAUGGGACUCUCUGCAAUCCCUUCCAAAAUUAAGAAAAGGCAUCCAAACCGAGAUAACCCUUAAAGGUGAUCUUCCGGAUAUGGACAGAACUGAACUGUACAAAACAUACUUGCAGUAUUGUCUAUCUGGAGACGUUACCAUGAUUCCUUUCGGUGGCCAAAUCACCACCGAACGGGAGAUCAUCAGCGUGCAUCGUGGCUUACGUGAAGAGGCUGGGAUUGAUAUCAACACUAUGAUCUCUGUGAGCUUACGUGAAAACCUUUUCCAAAAAACAGUGGAUGAUAUAUUUUCCUCUGUUAUUGGAGAGUUUGGUGAAGCAGAAGUGUAUGAGAACGUCCCUGCGGUGGCACUUCUAAGGAAGAGAAAACAGAAAGGAGUGGCUGUACCUACAGGUGAUUUGGCAGCUGCUGACAGUAAAGCAGUCUACCUUCAAAAUCUUUGUGAGGAAUUGCGCUUUCAUCCACAGAAAGCAAGUGAGAUGCAUGAAGAAAUAUAUAGGCAGAAGCUUCAACAAGCAAUUUCAGACGGAAAACUUAGUGAUGAAGGUGUGAAUUUCUUGGAGCGGUUACAGAUAAUGCUUUGCAUUCCCAAGCGAACCGUUGAAACAGUGCAUGCUGAAAUCUGCGGCGUUUUAUUUGAAAAUGUGGUGAAGGAAGCAAUUGCAGGAGGAGUGGAAUUGUCUGAUUCUGAAGUGAAGAAAUCUGUUAGAAAGGCAGCUUAUGGCUUACACUUAACUAAAGAGGCUGCGUUAACAAUUGCUAGUAAAGAAGUGGUGAAGGAAGCAAUUGCAGGAGGAGUGGAAUUGUCUGAUUCUGAAGUGAAGAAAUCUGUUAGAAAGGCAGCUUAUGGCUUACACUUAACUAAAGAGGCUGCGUUAACAAUUGCUAGUAAAGAACACGGGAGGAAGCGGAAGCGUGAGGGGACCCCGCUGCAUGGAGCGGGGGCCAAGGCCCUCGCGAGCGCUUGGCCCUCCGCCACCGCAGCCCCCUUCUAGGUCGCUACCAGAGGGGGGGAUGUUCACGCGGGCGCCGACGCUACAUUCAACGGGAAGAGCCUACCGAAGACAAUUUGUCGUUGCAUUCACGGUAAAAAAAAAAUUUAAGAACAAAAUGUAUUAAUAUCAAAUUUAUAUUUUUUGCUUACCAAAAAAAAAUUGUUUUCAGUCAAUCAAGGCGCAUGAGUACU